AUGAAGCAAGAUGAUAAUGCCAGUAGGAAGCAAGAUGAUGUUGCCACUAGGAAUCAAGAUGAUAAUUCCACCAGGAAGCGAGAUGAGGGCCCUAGGAACCAAGAUGAUUCCCCAAGGAAGCAAGAUGAUGUCGCUACUAGGAAGCUAGAUGAUGAUUCCACUAGGAAGCAAGGUUAUGAUGCCACUAGGAAGCCAGAUGAUGAUGCCACUAGGAAGCAAGCUGAUGAUUCCACAAGGAAGCAAGAUUAUACCAAUACUAGGAAGCAAGAUGAUGAUUUCACUAGGAAGCAAAUUGAUGAUUCCACUAGGAAGCAAGAUGUUGAUUUCACUAAGAGGCAAGAUGUUGAUGCCACUAGGAAGCAACUUGAUAAUCGCUCUAGAAAGGAAGUUGAUAAUUCCAGUAGGAAAGAAGUAUUGCUUUUUACAUUUAUCCUGUUUGACCGAAUAUCUAUCUAUCUAUCUAUCUAUCUAUCUAUCUAUCUAUCUUUAUACUUUCUUUUGUUAAUCUAUUUCGAUUAA